UUACUUUCCAAAAGUAUUCUCGAAGAAAAGCCCAUCACGAAAAGAAGCCCAUCAAAAGUUUGCAAAGAAAAAGAAGCCCUAGGCUUCUAUUCAAGGUUUUACGGUAUAUAUAGUGCAAAGCCAUUAACUUACUGCAAGUCAUGCUAACUUCUACUUAGGAUUGGAAAGGUAUGCAAGCAUUGAUCGGUAAGACUGGAAAAGAUGGACUUAAGCGGCGUGUCAUGGAGUUUAAGCUGGAAACAAGUGACACUGGUAUCGCAGAGAGGAGCAAGGCCAUCCUGGACGAAUUUGAUCUGGAGACUGUUAGAGAUGUCAGCGCUGGCGCUGCUGUCUUCUAUGCAUGGGGUACUGCUACCAUUGAAGAAAUUAUUGAUUACCACAACCAGAAAAAAGAUGGGGAAGAUGUCAGUGGAAAAGAAAGUGGUGCCAAGAAGACAAUUAAGCUUUCCACACAGAGUGGUACACUCACAGUUAAAAUCUAGCAGUAAGGUACAAUGUCAAAACAGCAAGAUGUUUUAAUUGUUUAAAUAAU